CGUCUAGUCACUAUCUACACUGAUAAAUGGGACAGAAAGGAAAGAGUGAGAGACCCACAGAAGAUUAAGAUGCUGGAGUUGGCAGACAUAGAGUUUAAAAUAACCAAUUAACAUUGAAAUUGGUAAGAUGGAGAGUUUCACAGAGAAAAGGUUGAAAAUUCUAAAAGAGGAAAGUACAAUAACAAAUUUAAAAUUCAGUUAGGUGGAUUUAAAAGUAGAUGAGAGACAGCUGAAGAAAGGACCAGUGAACUGGAAGAUAAAUCAGUAGAAAAUCUCUCUGCAGACCUUGCCAUGACCAGCUCAUACUAUCCACACUGUCCUGGACUCUGAACCUUCUGGAGACCUGUUGGAUGGGGGGAGAGCCUGUUGAGGAGGCAUUCUGUGCUUGGGAGAGACUGAGGGGGCUUGGGGAUUUGGGGGACGCUUUUCACUCAACUUUGUUGGAAAUGUUACUCACUGGGAGUCUAGUCAGUGGAGCUCCGUGACUCUAGUUAAAUCUUUCAGGGCCUCAGGCAUCAGGAAUCUGAACCUGUUUGUUCAUGGGCUCAGGCUUAAGGUAUGCCAGUCUUCACAGCACACACCGUGGAAAAUGCCUCUGGUGGGAUGAGGAGCCAGGAGAGGCCUGUCUGUGACGUGCAGAAGGCGAGCACGUUGGCACUCAGGUCGGUGGGCCACGGGGCCCAGGUGUGGCCUGUGGCAGUGACGCAGCGGGCACUGGCGUAGCUGGUGAGGGGGCAAGGUCAGGGCUGUGCUGAGCAUGACUCUGAAACUGUUGUGGGUUAUAGCAGUUCAUACACAUGCCAUGCUGAGAACCUUUCCAUCCUGGGUUAAUGGUUUCCUUAUAAUGAACAGAAAUAAAUUCAUGAGGGACGGUGAGCUAAGGUGGGGUCAUGGGCCAAGGCCAGUGGCUGAGCUGAGUGAUGACUGCUGACCCACACUGUCUGUCGGACACUGAUUAGAGCGGUGUCCCAGCAGAGACACUGACCAUCUCGAGUAAAGGACGGAAGCCCCUUCGUCCUCCAGAGUGCUCUGUCUUGGGGCCAGUGAACACCCCUCUUGAGGGGAGAGAAGGAAUCCAGGUCAGGUCUGGCUGAGGGUGGGCACAGCAGCCGCUGGCUCCUGGGAGCUUCUGAUCAGUUCAUGCCAAGCAUCCGGGAGCCGCCUGGACGCCCUGCAGUGUCCCUUGUGCUUCAGGACAGGCGGCCUUGCCGGGUUCUCUGGGGGGUCCGUGAGGAGGGGACGUCCUCUCGUGUGGGAGGUGGGGGGCAGGAGGUGACGGGGCAGGUGAGCACAGGGCCUCUGCCCUUCAGGCAUCUUUCAGGGAUGAGACGGACGAGGUCCCUGCUCCUAUGUAGCUUGUGUUCUAUUAAUAGUGCAGAGGCUGGCCUUCAGUGAGCAUAAGCAGGUAGGAGCAAACACACUAAAACAAAGAAAACCAGUGAUAAGGGUCACGGAAAAGGGACACUGGGACCAUGCUAGUGGCAGGGUCAGGUGGGGGAGGGCGAUCUCCCUGAGGAGGCACGUGAGCGGAACCUGGGCGGCCCUGGGGCAGAGCGGGGCCCUGAGCUCGCAUCGCCCAGCCCCUGGUGGGUGCCUGCUUUCCCCUUAAGGACAGGAGGAACCCAUGACAGGUUCUAAGCCGGGGAGUAGGGUGAUCUGAUUCACAAGAUGUGUGGGUGCUGUGUGGAGACUGGACUGUGGGGAGAGUUUCUGGGAGUGGGGAGACCAGUGGGCGGGUUUGCUUGUGUUUGGGGAAGGACAGGCACGGGCGAACCAGAGCGGGUGGAGCUGAGGAAAAGCAGGGACCCCAGUGAGCCUGAGGCGUCUGGCAUCUGGGCAGGUGGGGGCCAUCGUGGGAGGGGGCACCCCAAUUGUGUGUGUUAGACCUAGAGGUCCAAGGGACCCACAGGCCAAAGAAGUAACAGUUUCAUUUUUAAAUCGUUAAGUCCAAACAGUUUAAGUACAGUAUUUAUAUCCUAACAACUUAUAAUAGACAUUCGGAAAACAAUGUAAACAUAAAAUUUUUUUCAUUGCAUUUUUAAGUGGCCGUAAUUUCUUAGGAGUGAAACAUUUGCCUGUCAGGCUCUUCUUGAAUUUUGGAAUCAGACUGGACAUGGUCAUCCUUGUUGCCUUUUCCAUAUCGACUUACACAGUAAUUGCCUUUUCAGUAACUGCCAGAAACCUAGCUUUGCAGACAUGAAAUUACACAAAGCAAUGUAGCAAGAUGUCAUGUUGAAACGCUGGAGUGUUGAGAGAUGUUUAGUAUCACCGUUUUCCCCAAAAGUAAAACGCAUCCUGCCGUGCCGGCAGCUCCGCUGUGGGCUCCUCCGGGCACUGCUGCUCUGCGCCCUUCUUUUCCCCUGGGUCUGUGGGCCCUCUGUCUCCUGGGCCACAUGUUGGUGUGCAGGUUGCACCCCUCCACCCCAAGUUCUUGGGGGCGCUCACUGGGUCUUUUUUUUUUUUUUUAACUGCACUGGAUCUUAGCAUGCAGGAUCUUUUAGUUUUGGCAUGUGGGAUCUUGUUCCCUGACUAGGGAUCAAACCUGGACCCUCUACAUGGGGCGUGUGGAGUCUUAGCUACUAGACCACCAGGGAAGUGAUGGUCUAGGAUAGGAUGAAGUUUUAAGAUGUGAGAUGAUCUUUUCGUUCUAUCUGUUGAUCCUUAAUACAGACUUUAUUUAGAGUUGAAGAUAUUGAGGUUCAAAGUGGUCGAAGGUGCAGUGGGUGAGCCUGGACUGGGCCCCACACCCCUGACUCUUGGCUGGGCUCUUCCCGGGCUGUGCUGCCUGCCUCUCUGUGGGCCUAACUUAGGGCUGCUGGUGUGGCCGUGGAGCUGGGCACUUGGUGCAAGUGAGGCCAUAGUUGGGACCUUUUUUCUGGCAGGUUGGUGAGGGAGGGCAGCUCUUUGGCACAUAAGGGGCAGUGUUUGGUCGAUGGGGGAAGAGGGGUGCCAACAGGUGCCUGUGUCCCUGAAAACUGGGGAGCGGGGUCCAGGUACCCUCCGUAUGAGCCACGGCCGUGCCACCUACUGGUUUAUCCUCACGCUCCUCAGAGAGCUUCACCUGCGUGUCCAGGCGAAGUCCAUGGAAGAGAGUUCAAGGCACCUAUUCUGGAUGCAUUCAUGGUCUUGGUUAGUGGUUAGAAUCUUCAUUUUGAUCCUCUUGCAGUCUUGGAGAUUUUAAAACAGGAGAGUCAGCAAUCAGACCUUUGCAAAAGGCUGCAGUGGGGCUCCUGGCAGCCUGAGGGCAAGGCCACGUGACCCUGCAUUGUAGGUACCGUUUUGAGGAGCUGACUAGCAUUCCUGCUGACCGCCAGAGCUGUCUGUCAGCAUGUUCUCAUUACUUCAGGGGGUUCUGGUCUUGGUUUACUUUGAGUUGUUUUUAAUCCUGUGUCCUCCUCCUUCAUGACCAGCUCACCACACCCAUGACACUUCUAUGAUUUUGACCUUGGUCCUUGAAGACUGCUCUUCUCAGGCUGCUCCUGCUUCCUGAAGCCCAGUCCCCAUAGCCCUGCACACACACCCCACAUGCCCGCCACUGCAAGGCCCUUCCAUUCCAGGGAGGGACCCAGCCUUCCUACUUGCAGGGCUAUCGUUGGUGACCACCGCCUCUCCCUAACGGGGCAGAGCCCCCAUUGAUGGGGUGAUGGGCUGAAUGAUGCCACCCUCCCUCCGAUAUUUCCAUGUCCUAAUCCCUGGAAACAUCACAUGGCAAAAAAGGAUCUCACGAUACGGAGAUGGUCCCAGAUUAUCUGGGAGGACCCUACACUCACUCACCUCCUUCUCUGAGGGUGAAAGAAUUGACACGGAAGGCAAUGAAGUGGUGCAGCCACAGCCAAGGACACCAGGAGCCUCCGGAAGCUGAAGAGGGCGGAAGGGCCUCCCAGGACCUCCCGAGGGUGUGCAGCCUGUGACACUUUGAUUUCAGCUCAGUGCAGUGAUUUGGAUCUCUGGCCUCUAAAACUACUAGAGAAUAAGUUUCUAUAGUUUUAAGCCAUGAAGUUUGUGGUGACUUGUUGCAGCAGCCACAGGAAGUGAAUACAAAUGGGAAGGCAAAGGAUUCCAAGAAGAAAUGACUGGACUCAAGGCCUGGCAGACCCCGAUCUGCUGCCUGACCGUGUUCUUGUGACCUACUCCUGUCACCUGCGCCUGCACACACAGGAUGAGGGGCACCAGGCUGACCGGGCUGCUGCUCGCACUGGCUGGCUUGCUGCAGCUGGGCCUGUCCCUGAAGAUAGCAGCCUUCAACAUCCGCACCUUUGGGGAGACCAAGAUGUCCAACGCUACACUCUCCAGCUACAUUGUGCGGGGAUGACCCAAACAACUACCACUACGUGGUCAGUGAGCCGCUGGGCCGCAACAGCUACAAGGAGCGCUACCUCUUUGUGUUCAGAGGUCAAAGAGUUUGCCAUUGUUCCCCUGCACUCGGCCCCAUCGGACGCAGUGGCUGAGAUUAACUCUCUCUACGACGUCUACCUGGAUGUCCGGCAGAAGUGGGACUUGAACGACAUCAUGUUGAUGGGUGAUUUCAACGCUGACUGCAGCUACGUGACCUCCUCGCAGUGGUCAUCCAUCCGCCUGCGCACGAGCUCCGCCUUCCAGUGGCUGAUUCCUGACAGUGCUGACACCACGGCUACAUCCACAAACUGCGCCUAUGACCGGAUCGUGGUCGCAGGGUCUCUGCUCCAGAGUUCUGUGGUUCCUGGCUCGGCUGCUCCCUUUGAUUUCCAAGCUGCAUAUGGAUUGAGCAAUGAGAUGACCCUGGCCAUCAGUGACCAUUACCCGGUGGCGGUGACACUGACGUAAGUCCAUCCUGGGGUCUACGAUCUCUGCCUCACGCCAGGAGCUGAAGACAGCUGACUCGUUGUCACAGUUAAGAGCAGAGGGUGGAGCUUAAGGAACCCAGUGCCUUCCCUCCCCCGUGAACCCCCAACCACCCCGCAGCAGCUGGAAUUUGAGGAGAGCACCUGACCCCCUUCCAUUAUAAGUGUGGCGGUUCUGUCACCAGAGCACCCCAUCUUCUCAGUCGGGAAAGAAAGUCUAAAACUAAGAAAUGCCUUUUAAUUUAAAUAAAGCUCCAAAGGGGGUGUUGUCAUUC